AUGUCGACUGGUUCGCAGGAGCUGACGCGCCACCUGCUGGAGCUGCAGCAGCAGCAGUUGGACGCCAUUGGCUGCGGCGACUACGACGCCUAUGCGACGAUGUGCCACCCCAGCCUGACCUGCUUUGAGCCGGAGGCCAAGGGGAACCUUGUGGAGGGCAUGGUGCAGCUGCUCGGCGGCGAGGACAGCGCAGUGGCUGCUGUCGUCAGCUACGUGCGGCUGGUUCAGGUGCUUGAUGCCAGUGGCAAGCACGCCACAACCGCGACGCAGCACGGUGUGUUUGAAUCCUCUCGCCCGGUAUGCCGUGGCUGGGCGGGAGCGCAGGAGACGCGCGUCUGGGAGCGCGUCAAGGAGCCGUGGAGCGGCCAGCCCUGGGGCGAGUGGGUCAACGUUCACCUGCACCGCAGCCCCGCAGCCUAA